AUGAUUGUACAUGGAGCUAAUGAUCCGCGAGUUAAACAAGCUGAAUCCGAUCAAUUUGUUGCUGCUUUAAUGAAAAAUCAUAUUCCAGUUACUUAUAUUGUAUUCCCAGAUGAAGGACAUGGACCUAGAAAACCACACAAUACUCUUGCAAUGGCUGGUUUUAUUGAAGAAUUUUUACAUAAAUGUUUACACGGAGAUGUUGAACCCUUCCAUUUGGGUAAUCUACAAACAUUUAUCCUCUCAAUACUUAAAUAUUUUUAA